AUGAAUCAAACACAGUCGUACCUGGAUAUGCAUCCCGGUUCGCACAUAUCGUCCGGGCCUUCAUACUCCCAUGCGGGUUCUACAGCGCCAUUGAGUCAUUACCAGCAGUAUCAACAGCCUCCGAUACCCGCAUCGUCACAUUACGGCCCUCCUCCCACCUAUGGGACCUAUGGCUAUACAAACGGUGUUGCUUCUCCACAGUCUGCCACUGGUCCAGUAGCGCAACAGAUCACCUCACUUCCUGCUAUCAUGCCUGGUGCCUCCAACUCUCAACACUCGUAUGUGGCUCAACCGUCCGGUUUGCCCGCUCCGAACCCAGGCUUCCCCCAACAGCAGCAACCGUUUGAUACUACUGGUCAAAUUGCUCCCCCAGGCAUGAAACCAAGAGUAACAGCAACACUCUGGGAAGAUGAAGGUAGUCUGUGUUUUCAAGUUGAGGCCAAGGGCGUUUGUGUUGCUCGCCGUGAAGAUAAUCAUUUCAUUAAUGGGACAAAGCUUCUGAAUGUUGCUGGAAUGACCCGGGGACGCCGGGAUGGCAUCUUGAAAUCUGAAAAGACUCGCCACGUGGUCAAGAUCGGACCCAUGCACCUGAAAGGAGUCUGGAUCCCUUUCGAACGUGCCCUCGAUUUUGCCAACAAGGAAAAGAUUACAGACCUCCUGUACCCACUUUUUGUGCACAACAUCGGCGGCCUGCUUUACAAUCCUGAGAACGCGUCUCGGACGAAUGCAGUCGUGCAAGCAACAGAGCGCCGCCGCAUGGACAGCGUCGAUUCCACUCGUCCACCCCAACCUCAGGCACCGUCACUUCAACAUCACAAUAGCAUGCCCGGUCCAGGCCAAGCUCCACCUACGCCGCACUCAAUUGCCCCGCAUCCGAAUGCACCACGUCCGGGUAUCGACCGUGCACAUACAUUUCCGACUCCUCCAACAAGCGCUUCGAGUGUGAUGGGGAUGAGUAGUCAAGGAAAUUCGUACGACUGGGGAACCCAGGGCAUGACGAACGGCGCGCCGGGAGCACAGCCACUAUCCAUCGACACUGGCAUGAACGCCAGAUCCAUGCCUACUACGCCUGCGACCACUCCACCUGGAACCGCUGGACCAGGGAUGCAAUCCUAUCAAGGACAGUCGGGGUAUGAGAGUUCAAAGCAUUAUUAUAGUACGACGCCCAGUUCUCAAACGGGUUAUGCGCAUCAUCCGGACGGGAGCCGGUAUGGCCAACCCAUGCCGACGGUACCAUAUGGGAAGACUGAUAUGGGUCCACCGAUCGCACCAGGAAGCGCUAGUACUGGAGCAGAUGGGCAUGACCCCAAGCCCGAUGCAUAUUCCGCACAGCCUCACUCAUCCCAACAUGAAAGUGAUCAUCCAGACAGCGGUUACAUGAGCGCAAACCCCUCUGCUUACAGCACAGGUCGGCAAUACACGUACAGUGCUACUGGUGAGCAUCCACACAUGUCUCCUGAGCAAUUGUCAGGCUCUCCAACGCAUCAAGCUAGUUCCGGCCACGCAACACCAAGGACCAUGCCUACAGGUCAACCCCAGUGGACAGGAGAGUACAACACCCCGCCCCGACCGCCCACUUCCAGCAAUGUAUAUAACGUCAUGGGUGGCAGGGAUCGCACUCCACAGGGUGGGCCAACGGACAGCUAUGGGAAUCCCACAUAUGGAGCUCCUGCCCAUCCCUCCGCUGUGUCUUCGGUGAAACGCGGGCGCGAAGACGAUGAUCAAGACCGUCCUAGCAGCCGAGAGUAUGAUGGUUAUGACCCGAAACGGCGCAAGACGGCACGUCAAGACACGUACAGCAUGCCCCUCAACACACCUCCCCACAUGCAAGCUAUCAAGACGGGAGGACAGCGGUAA